AUGGGUGGAAAAAAAAUCCUUCCUUACACUAUAGGGGACCAGUUGUUGUUGUUGGAACGUGGACGGUGUUCGAGAGACCACGGGUGGAGCUACCGGAAGCUUCUGAAACAUGGAGGGACAGCUGGUGUUCCUCUGAAAUCUACUGGAUGGAGCGGGGAACAGCUAGUGUUGCUGGAAGCAACUGGAACACUGCUGUGGUGGAGCUACCGACGUGGAGGGACACCUGGUGCUCCUCUGGAAAUUGUUGGAACCGUCGAGUGGAGUGCAACGUGGAGAUGGCUACUGUCAAGGCUUCAAGAUUUGAAAACAUUGGAUCUCCGUGGAUGUAGGAAUCUUAUAAAUUUAACGAGCAAAACAAGCAGAUUAGUCAGCCUCGAGCAUCUCCAAGUUGAUGGUUGUGAUAAAUUGGCUUACAUGCCUCCUGGACUGGGGAAUCUAUCUUGCCUGCAAGAGUUGUGUGUGUUUGUUCUAGUAAAAACCACAAAAAAAAGAUGUUGGUCGACUAAGAAACUUAAAUGGGCUGAACAAACUUGAAGGCAUGCUGCAAAUUUCGGGUUUAGAAAAUGCUGUUGCAGAGCAGGGAUCUACUUACUUGAAGGAGAAAUUGAAUUUGAAAUCCUUAAAAUUGGAGUGGAAGAUCAGGGAAGGAGAUGAUGUGUUUGAUAAUAUAAAUGAGGAAAUGGUUUUUGAAUGCCUUGAACCACACACGAAUCUGGAGAACCUUAUGGUGUGUGGUUACCAAGGAAGCAAGCUAAGCUGGUUGUCAUCCAUGUUCAGUUUAACUGAACUAAUAUUGUUUAGUUGUACUAAAUGCAAGCAUUUGCCACCAUUGCAUGAGUUAUCUUCCCUCAAACCUAUCCAGCUUUUAAAAUUAGAAGCUUUAGGGAAUGUGUCCGAGACUGAAAAGCAGAAGGAUUUGUUUUCCAGAACAUAUUUUCCAUCCUUGGAACUACUAUGAAUAAAUGAUUGGAUGGUGGAAAAGUGAUGUUGGUGAAUCUUCAAAUCCACAUUUGCCUUACUUUCCUAGCCUUUCAGUUUUAACCAUCAAAGACUGUCCUAAUCUACCCUCUAUGGCGCUGUUCCCUUCGGCCGAAGAUUUGGAUUUGAAGAAAACCAGCUCGAAACCUCUCCAAGAGACAAUGAAGUUGAAGAUGACAACACCAGAAACACCGUAGUCAUCUUCUUCAACUCCGCGUCCUUUCUCCAAAUUAAAAUAUUUUCGCAUACAGGAGAUUGAAGAUCUAGAUUCUCUACUAGAGGAGUUUCUGCAAAACCUAACUUGUAUUCGGCACUUACGCAUACAUAGAUACCUUAACUUGACAUCACUGCCUGAGGGGAUGCAUCACCUCACUUCUUUGACCACAUUGGAAAUUCGUGAUUGUCCCCAAGUAUCUGAAAGGUGCCAAAGGGAUACCGGACUGGCCUAAUAUUGCUCACAUUCAAAACAUUCUGAUUGAUCGAAGAACAUAUUUAAUCAAUGAAGGUACAGAGGAACGUUGUUGCAUGGUUUUGCUUCCAAAUACAUGGAGGCCUUCUAGAUGGUGUGAUUGUCGGAACCUGUUUCGAUUUCGAAUGGUCAUGCUUUACGUGGUUUUGGUUUGAUCUAGUCUUGCACUUGCUGGAACAUGUUCAAAAUUGCCAUGCAUGUUGUAUUGUUUUGUUACUCUUUCCAUU